CAGUAUCACUCUCUCAUUAACAACUAACUACAGUUCAAUUGAAACGAAGACAUAUGUUUGGAAGAUGAAUUUAUGUACAUGCUCUUUAUUUAAAUUGUGUUCUUUUCAAAUAAAAUAUUAUUUGGUGUACCUUCAACAGCCAAAGAAGAAAGAAAACAAAUGAGCAAGAACGCUGAACAGACAUUGAGAAAUAAAUCAUCUUACUUUCAUCCUAUUAACCACAAAGUCAUCAGGUACUGCCAAGAGCUCAAUAACAACCGAACAUAAUUUCAAUUGUGGUUAAAAUAAAGGCAGGGCUUAAAGCACAUCUAUAUAUCUGAUAUCAACACUGCAGUAAAAAAAAAUUACUCUCAUAUAGCGAGGACAGUAACAGUUACCGGAAAAGCAAAGAAAGAAAGAAAGAAAGAAAGAAAGAUGACACAAGCCUUUAUUCUGCUGUUGUUCUUUCAGUGCUGCUGUGUCUCAGGGCAGCUUCUGUUAGGAUAUAGGCCUAACUUUAGUCCUCUGGCUGAUCUGGCUCUGAAGGUUUCUGUUGAUGCCUUCAACAGGCAGUCCAGCCAUUUCAGUCUACACAAGCCAACUAGCAAAGCAGUUCAACAGAUCACACUGGUACGUGACAAUAUGUAUGACAUUCUGCUUGAUUUCGGAAUAAUGGAAACAGACUGUCUGAAAUAUGCCAGAAGAGCAUAUAUGGACAGUUGCCUUUUCAAACGGGAACGUUUUGCGUCAAAGGAAUUGUGCUCCAGUCUUGUGCGUGUUGGCGGCACGUUUGUGGCUCCUCUGGACAUCAGCUGUAUUGCUGAUGUAGAUGCACUGAGGUCCAGCUCAGAGUCCAGCAGCGAGGAGCUCUUUUUCCAGAGGACAAGACCUGCUCCAUUGCGCUCUUUCUCUCCAGGAGUCAUUCUAUGCCAAGGACAAUUUGACUGUUCCAGAUUACUGCUGUGAUUUGAAAUAAAUGUGAUUAAAUCAAACACACUUUUACAAGAUGCAUCCAAGAGAGAGAGGAAAAGAAAAAAAAACAGAAUCAUGUUCUAACAAGCUUAAACUGUUAUAAAAUGAAGUGUUUAGUCAUAGAUUGCAGCGGUGUGUGUCGUAAUCGCUCGAGUAAUGUACUACCCAAGGCACAUUCUUUUACAUUUGGUUUUAAAAGGCGCAUACACUUGUGCACAUAAU